AUGCUGCUGCUGCCGACCAAUGAGCGUGCGCAUUUUAGUCAGUACAAGAGUGCUAAGACCCUGUACGAUGCUGUAGUUGCACGCUACUCUUCCCCUGCCACUGCUGCCCUUAGCCGCCUCAUGCUGCCGUAUCUGUUCCCUGACCUCGCUGCCUUUCCCACAGUCGCUGACCUCGUUACGCACCUUCGCACUAGCGACACCCGCUACUACGCUGCGCUCCCUGAUGAGUUCUGCGACAAGAACCCCCCGCCCAUGUACAUCACCCUCUACUAUAUAGUCACCCGGCUCCCUGACUCCCUUCGCUCGGUCUGGGACCACUUCCUCUCUGUUUGCCCCACCACACUCACCGUUGACCUCCUUGAGGAGCGCCUCCUGGCAGCUGAGAAGAGUGUAGUCGCUGUUGGAGCCUCUCGUGAUGACCCUCUGGGAGACGCCGCACACGCAAGGACAAGGGGGGCAAGGGUGCUGGAGGGGCUGGCGGGGGCGGUGGAGGUGGUGGUGGAGGCGGCGGAGGGGGUGGGGGUGCCGGUGGGAGUGGUGGCGGGGGUGGGGGCGUCGGUGGUGGCGGUGGAGGCGGAGGCGGCGGCGGUGGCAGUGGCGGUGGGAGCGGAGGAGGCGGCGGUGGCGGCGGUGGUGGAUGUGGCGGCGGUAGUGGUGGAGUUAGUCGGGGUGGCUCUGCGCAGAGGGGCGGCUCCGUUGGUGGUCAGGGCCAGCAGCAGCAGCGCACUCGUGAGACCCCGCCCCCCCAGCAGCUUCGUGAGUGGUACGCUGUGUGUCAGCGGGGUGGAGGUGCUGGUCCCUGUGCCUACGUCCUGCGUACCGGCGACCGCACUGGUGAGCAGUGCAGUGGCCCGCACACCGCCCAGCGCUGCUUAG